AUGUCCACCACAGACAUCCGGCAGCGCAAGCCGCCCGCAUCGGUGCCCGUCAUCGAGAAGCUGAAGGCGCAGCGCACCAAGACACCCUCCGCGCCAAACCUCCCCGAUCCAACCCAACACCCAGCCGGCAAGGUCAAACAUGGGCCUGUUGUGCAGUUUCUGCGCAUGUGUCUUUUUGCAGCGUACUUCAACGGCAGCAUCAUAGCCAUCGCCAUCACCCAGUACAUCGGCCUGCCGCUAUACUUCUACAGCAAGGACCUCUUCUACGCGUGGAUGGCCAUGACCAAGCAGCACUUUAGCAUGACCGUCACCACCAUGACGUACUGGUGGGCGCCCGUCACGAUGCGCGUCAGUGGAGACGAGAGCAUCAGAGGACAGAUGAGGAAGAAGGAGGAUGGCUUGCUCGAAUGCGACUUUCCAGAAAGGCUGGUAUUCGUCUCGAACCACCAGAUCUACACUGACUGGGUCUACCUCUGGUGGAUGGCAUACAGCGCGUCCAUGCACGGCCACCUCUACAUCAUCCUCAAGGAAUCGCUCAAAUACAUUCCAAUCCUCGGCUGGGGCAUGAGGCUCUUCGGCUUCAUCUUCCUAUCCCGCAAGUGGUCCACGGACAAGGAGCGCUUCCAACAUAGGCUGAGGAAGCUGAGCAGAAGUCACGACGGCCCACUAUCCGGUUCCAAGGGUCUCGACCCCAUGUGGCUUCUCAUCUUCCCCGAAGGCACGAAUCUUAGCAAGAACGGUCGCGCCUCGAGCAAGAAAUGGGCAGAAAAGAACCAGAUUGAGGACCUGAGGCACGCACUGCUGCCGCGAAGCACAGGGCUUUCCUUCUGUCUGCAAGAGCUGCAAGGCUCCGUAGACUACCUCUACGACUGCACAAUGGCGUACGAGGGUGUUCCCGCCGGCCAAUACGGCCAAGACCUCUUCACCCUCUAUAGUACCUACUUCCAAGGACGCCCUCCAAAGUCCGUAAACAUGUACUGGCGCCGCUUCGCCAUCGCCGAUAUCCCCCUCCACGACGACAAGCUCUUCAGUGACUGGCUCCUUGCCCGAUGGCGCGAAAAGGACGACCUGCUCCAAUACUUCCUUGAAAACCAGCGUUUCCCAGCCGACGAGGGUGAGACACCAAACGUCAACGGCGGGCCAUCGCUCAAGGGCGCUGGCUGGAUCGAGACAGACGUCCGACCGAAGCUGUGGUACGAGUGGCUACAAAUCCUCGUUCCGAGCGCCGCGCUUGCACUCGUGGUGAAUGUAUUCCUCAAGAUUGCGAAUCUCGUGACGAAAGUGACGGGAGCAAAGUCAUGA